UAUCAAAAUUUUUAGCGAUUUGUACGCGUUUGUACGCGCUCGUAUGCGCAUAUGUGGCGAAGGCCUAAUAUCUCUACAUUGGCGCGUUGUGGUGUUAAGAAGUUUGUUUUUUUUUGGACUCUAAAUUUUUUUAAAUAUGACAGAAGAAACCCAACAGGCUAGUGAAACGCAAAUAAUAACUCAGCAAACAGAUCAAUGUGUUGUGAAUGUUACUACGGAAGUUGUCAAAGCUAAAGACGGAAAAAAGGAAAAAUGUCGACCAAUGACUAAGGUUGUUAUUAGAAGAUUGCCUCCAACAAUGACACAAGAUCAAUUUUUCGAGCAAGUCUCUCCACUAUCAGAAUACGAUUAUUUGUAUUUUGCCAAAGCUGAUAUGUCGUUGGGUCAAUAUGCAUACUCCAGGGCAUAUAUUGAUUUUGUUGAUUCUCAGGAUGUUUUUGCAUUUCGAGAAAAAUUUGACAAUUACGUUUUUGUUGAUUCGAAAGGCACUGAGUUCCCAGCAGUAGUAGAAUAUGCGCCAUUUCAAAGAGUGCCAAAAAAGCGUAUUGGAAAGAAGAAGGAUAUCAAAUGUGGAACCAUUGAAAGUGAUCCUUACUAUAUAAAUUUUUUGGAAAGUAUAAAACAUCAAGAGACUGAAGCUGGAAAUACACAACCAAAAACUGAAUAUUCUUUCCAGCUGAAUGACCAUGCUACUAAAAAAGUCACAAGUACACCACUGUUAGAUUUUCUCAAACAAAAAAAACAGGAGAAACAGCGUAUAAGGGAUGAAAAGCGUGAAGAAAAACGUAGAAGAGAUUUGGAACGAAAAAGAAGUAAAGAUGAACCUAUGAUUUCCAAAGUCUUAAAAAAUAUAGAAGAUAAGGACAGAGAUAGCAAUAGAGAUUUGAAUAAAGAAAAUAAAGAUGACAAAGAGAGAGUAAUAAUUAAAGAUUUUAAAAAUAAAAAUAAAAAAGAAGACAGAUACAGGGACAAAAUGGGUAGGGAAGUAAAAGUCCCAAUGAAAAAUUAUAGAGAUAGGGAUGAUCGAAUGAAAGACAGAGAAGUUAAGCAAACUAGGAAGUAUGAGGAUAAAAGGUACAAUAAAAAAGAUGAUCGUGACAGUCACUCAAAAGAUGAUCAACCACACGAGAAAGAUGAAAUUAGUUAUAAGGAGCGAAAAAUAGAAGAAAAGCGUGGAAAAAGUUAUGAGAAAAUGCGGCAAGAGAAGAAGAGGCUGGUUGAAACACUAAAGAAGCAAAAUGAUGAGUCUCAAGAUAAUCUUGAUAAUGAAGCUGAUAAAAAUGAAGAUUCUUGUCGAACGUGCUUAACAGAGAAGAAUGACAGUGACAGUAAAAAUAAACAAAAGAUUCAGAAAAUAAGCUCUGAUACAACUGAAAAAUUUAGUGAAAUGUCUAAUAUAACUAAAGAAGACAAGGAUUCAACAAAUGACAAACUAGAGGUAAGUUGUUGGCUUACAGAAGUUUACGAGCAACUUUCACAAGUCAAUAUUGAGGAAAAGAGUACAAAAUUGAACAAGUCAAAUGGUACUAAGUUGAUAGUUAAAAGACGUAGUUCACUUGAGAGUGGUGGUGGCACUGGCAGUGGCUCGAAAAGUACCGAGAAUAAUGAAUCUAAUAAUGUAAGUGGUAGCGAUAGUCUUAGGCGUCAUAAAUCACUAGACGGUGGUGAUGAUAAUAAUUUACAAAAAAAUGAAUCUGAUGAAAAAGACAAGGACAAAAAGGAUCCACGAGUUGAAAGGAGAAUUAGAAAUAAGGAUCGACCAGCUAUGGAAAUUUAUCGCCCUGGAAUGGGAAAAUUUAGUAAGAAACGAAUGGAACAAGAAAAAGGAAGUGAUGAGCGUGUCACACCUUCGCAAAGCCCAACUCCUUCAUCUAGUAACUCUAAUUCUUAUAAAUCUGUAAAAAAUAGUGGUUCAGAAGUACGCACAAUGACUUUUAAAAGGAGUGUCAGUCGCGAAGUUUCGUAAUUUUACUUUUACGCGACUGCUCUUGUUGGACUACACAACUUCACAGAUUGCUUUGUAAUUUUGUGACGAUAAUUAGUUUAUUUGAUCCGUGUGAGAUGAAACCAAUCAAAGUUAUGUAUAAUUACUUUACUUUUUUUGUUAUGUUUUCAAUUAUGAGCUAUGUCUGUGAAACUUAAAAUAAUUGAGGAAUUUUGUUGUGAGUAAAUAAAAGUUAAACGUGCGAUUCAAUUUGAAUAGGUUUGAGCACGUUGAAUUUUGUAGAAAA